GAAAUUAGGUUAGUUUAUUCAACAAAAUUAGUUUUCCAGUCUCAGCAGAAAGGUCUGUUUAAGAACAAAAAUAUUUUCAGACAUAAAAGAUGAAACUCAAGCAGCUGACAGCUGAAUUGCAGAAAAUUGACAGUUUCUCGAAGCCAAAAGUUCAUUUGGAACAGUAUGAGACACCACCUGAGCUAGCCAGUGAGAUGGUUUUCAGUGCUUUGCAAAAUGAAGAUAUCUGUUCUGAUAGUAGAGUUGUGGAUUUGGGAUGCGGAACUGGCAUGCUUGGAAUUGGAAGUGUUUUAUGCGGUGCAAACUAUGUUCUUGCAAUUGAUAUUGACGAAGACGCUCUGAGUGUAGCGCAAGGGAAUGUAGAAAAUAUUUUGAAUAAAUCAGUUAUCGAUUUCAUGAAAGCUGAUAUCAGAGAUUUAAAUUUUUUGUGUUUCAAACCGGCUGUAAAUUUUGACGUCGCCUUCAUUAACCCACCAUUUGGCACGAAAUCACGCCAUGCUGAUAUGAAUUUUCUGGAGUGCGCCAGCAAAACUUUGGGAUGUCGAACCAUUUAUUCUUUUCACAAAGGCUCAACUCGAACACAUGUUUUAAAAGCCGGAACAGCUUUUGGAUUCAAUAAAUGCCAGGUUUUAGCAGAAUGUCGAUUUCCCAUUUAUCAAACGAUGAGAGGGCAUACUAAGAAGUGCGUUGACAUAGAUGUUGAUCUCAUUCGCUUCAGUCAUUGAUAUCUGAAAAUCAAGUUGACAUGAUUCGACGAGUAAUUUGAAUCCUGGGCGAAAUUUUGUUGAUGUAGCAGUGUGUCUGAAUUCGGAAUCUAUAACGAGUCAAGAUCUUUGUUUAAGAUAGAAUAUCAUAGAUGCCUUGUCCUUAGAUACGAGAGCUGAAAUGGACUGCAUUAUAUUAAACUUACAUGAUUAAAGCUUUCUGGAUUCAUGUAUGUAACAUGUUUAUUUAUAGCAGAUUAUUAGCUCACACUGCCAGCUAUGAUGAAAUCUAGACAUAGCCUUUAGUCACUAGAUAUCUUGUAUUAAGUUUUUUUAAAAA